CCAAAAAUAAUGCAAAUAGGCAGAUUGGUAAAUAUGUUUUUCAUUAAUAUAGAUAGAUACAAAUUUUGAUUUCCUAAAAAGUUAUGAACAGUUUCCCAUUUUACCCCUAUGGGCUUUUGAGCAUGUAUGCUAUAACACUAAUGGGCUUGUUACACAAAAUUUCAAGGAAAAAAAAAUCCAAAAAUCUUUCCCUCUCCUUCAAUCUUUCAGUGUUGUUUUUGGCGCAAAAAAUUCCGAAAUUUAUCUUCGCUGGUGAGUUCUCUGAAAAAAGUGGCGGAAAAAAAAAAAAAAAAGAGCUUCGAGGAAAAGUCCGAUCAGAUCCAGAGUUUACGAACUGCAGUUUCCGUGAAAUGAAGUUCAAGGCGUUUCUUACUGAAAAUGGUGUGAAUCUUUUAGAGAAGAGGUUUCUUCCAGCAUUUGACAAAAUGGGGAAGAAUUGUCAUCUUCUUCUCACUAAAGAACAUUUGUUCUUCCUUCAUAAUCUUCUCAAUGGUGAUGGAGUUCAAUGCAUUGCUCAGUUUCGCAAAGAUGUUCUCUUUGAUGAUUACCGUAUCUCGAGCCAGAACGAGGAUCGUAUCGCUUUCUCCUUGGAUGUUGCUCUUCUGUAUCGAGCGGUAAAGAGCAGUGUUAGUAUUUGUACUGAGUUCAGUGGUGGUUUAGCUUCAAACCGAUUGCAGAUCAAACUUGUGAAGAAACUGCCUCCUAACUGUACACAACCGAUGCCGUUUCUCACUUUUGAAACGAAAGGAUACAAAUCUGCAGUUAUACAAGAUGUUCCGAUUUCGAAACCGCUGUCUCGGUCCCAAGUUAUUGAGCUGCAGACUGCUCUUGACUCGGCUCAAGAUCUGCCUCCGACUCUUGUUCAAGUUCAAGACCCGAAUCAGUUACAGAACUUUGUGGAUCAUAUGAGACAUGUUGGGGAUGUACUUAAUGUUACGAUAAGCAAGCAUGGUGAUUUGCAAGUGCAAAUCUCGACGACUUUGAUUAGGCUUGGUACUGAGUUCCAGAGGCUUUCGGUUAUUGGCGAGAAAUCUCAGGCUCCUGUUGAAGAUAGGAACUUAAGUGCUCAGGCUCGUUCAGAGAGAGCUAUUGCUAGAGGAGAUGCUCAGUCUGUGCAAGUGAGUGUAAAACACUUUUCAAAGAGCCUUCAAUGUCACUUAACCAAACCAAAUUCUGCUUUCUAUGGGAUUGCUCCUCAAGGUGCUUGUUUGACAGUGAUCUUCCAGUUCAUGGUUCCCGGGACUCGUCAAACCGAUAAAUCAAUCAGUUUGCAUUGCCGUCUUCCCGUGCUGGACCCAGGAUCCAACUGAAUCUUCAUCAAGGUUAAGCAAGGACUUAUAAUAUGAUCAAAUGUUUUAGUUUGCUUUUAUCAAAAGACUUUCUCAUUAAGAACAAAUAUGUACCACUACACUCUCUUACAAGCUCUCAAAUCUCAAGCAUCAAUGAUCAAAAUCAAA